AUGACAAAAGACCUGACGAUCACCUCAAAGUUCGCCUUGAAAAGCGGCCACGAGCUUCCAAUUCUGGGGUUUGGAGUCUGGGACAGUCCGAAACAUCUCACAGUCCAAUCCUGUCAGGAGGCUCUCAAAGACGGCUAUCGUCACAUCGACACAGCACAAGUCUACGGCAACGAAGAAGAAGUCGGCGAGGCAGUCCGUAAAUCUCGCCUCUCAAGAAGGGACGUCUUCAUCACGAGCAAGGCAGUCAAGCCAGCAGACGACGAGGAAUCGACGUAUCAGAAGUGUUUGGAUAGUGUGAAAAAUAUCGAUGGCGAGAAUGGAUAUCUCGAUUUAUUCUUGAUUCACAAUGUCACUUCUGGGGCCAAGGGAGUAAAGCUGUUGUGGCAAGCGAUGGAGAGGCUACAUGAGGAAGGCAGAUUCAAGUCGAUUGGAGUGAGCAACAUGGGGAUAGGGAUGAUUGAGGGAAUGAAGUCGUACGCAAAAGUUUGGCCUCCGCACGUCAAUCAGUUGGAGCUGCAUCCGUGGUGCCAACAGCGAGACAUCGUCGAAUACUGCCACAAGAAUGGAGUCGCUGUAGAAGCCUACUGUCCGCUUGUACGAAACCAGAAGGCAAACGACCCCACCCUCAAGGCUAUUUCUGAGAAGCAUGGCAAGUCGACAGCUCAAGUGUUGCUACGAUAUUGUCUGGAGAAGGCUUGGUCACCACUGCCGAAGAGCGAUAAUCCCGAACGUAUCAAGCAGAAUGGGAGCAUCUACGACUUUGCGCUGGAUCACGACGACAUCAUGAAGCUGGAUGCACAGGAUCAGGGGGCUUCAGGGGCUCUGGUCGUGGCUGUUGAUAACGAGAAGAAGACUUGA